AGCCCAGCACCGACCGGAGCGGACUCGAAGCUCCGCCGGCCGAGGCGGGCCGGGGGGCGGUGCCGGCGGGCGCAUGCGCGCUCCCCUCUUCCGGGGCCCACGACGGGUGGGAGGGCGAGGGGGAGGGGAGCGGAGCUCGCUUCUGCGGGAGGACCCCAGGAGGCUCCCCGGGCGGGGCCGCGCCCCGUGCGGAGCCCCGAGCCCGGUGGUGGCACAGCUCGCGGGCACCUGCCGCCCGAGAGACGAGGGAGGGGGCAAGAAGCGAGGUUCAAAGUCAUUCGGCCGGAUCAGCCCAUCUCUGGAGUUAGGACUACAAAGAAAACCUGAUGCAACCUCUUCAGAUUGUCCCCUGUCGAUUACUCUCCUGGCUGCAUAGUGGACUGAAGUCUCCAGUCUCCACCAGAACCCGGAUUUGCCCGACGAUGGCUCGACCAAGUUCAAGUAUGGCUGAUUUUCGGAAGUUUUUUGCAAAAGCAAAGCACGUAGUCGUCAUUUCGGGGGCUGGCGUUAGUGCUGAAAGUGGGGUUCCGACCUUCAGAGGAGCUGGGGGCUAUUGGAGAACAUGGCAAGCUCAGGACCUGGCCACCCCUCAGGCCUUUGCGCGAAACCCAUCCCUGGUGUGGGAGUUCUACCACUACCGGCGGGAGGUGAUGCGGAGCAAGGGACCGAACCCCGGGCACCUCGCCAUCGCUGAAUGUGAGGCCCGGCUGCGUGGGCAGGGCCGCCGGCUUGUGGUCAUCACUCAAAACAUCGAUGAGCUGCACCGCAAGGCUGGCACCAAGAACCUUCUGGAAAUCCACGGUAGCUUAUUUAAAACCCGAUGUACCUCUUGUGGAGUUGUGGCGGAGAAUUACAAGAGUCCCAUUUGUCCAGCUUUAUUGGGAAAAGGGGCUCCGGAACCUGAAGCUCAGGAUGCCAGAAUCCCAGUGGAGAAACUUCCCCGGUGUCUGCCCGCGGAGUGCCAGUGGCCGAAUUCAACAUGGAAACCACCCCAGCCACGAACAGAUUCAGGUUUCACUUCCAGGGGCCUUGCGGUACCACUCUUCCUGAAGCCCUUGCUCCUCAUGAAACUGAAAACGUGUCUUAAUUGUCCCGGGGAAAGAAGAAAUUGUGGCACAUCUAAGUACCGGGCCACAGACAGAGGCGAAACAAUCAUGGGGAUGGUGAGCUAAAUGUUAGAAAAUCUAGAAAUAACCUCCGAUUCCCUGGCUGGAAUCCCACCUGAUGAUAAGCGAUGGCAGUUUAGAAGGAACAAUCGCAAACGUAGUCAGAGGGAGAAGUCAAUGAACAGUGGAGUUGAUGCAGUGUCAUUUUGUGUGAACUUAAACACAAGAUAUCUCUGACGUGUUUGCUUGGUUAUUGGAAGGGGAUAUUUUUGUGAUUGGAUUUUCUUUUAAAGAAGCAGUUGUGCUGAUUUUAUUGUUGCUAUCUGGGCAAAGAUAGGAGUAGAGGGGUCAAACCUUGGUAUUUCUAAUUUUUGUCAAGUUUUGGUGGAAAAUAAACUCACUCUCUACGGUA